AUGGCCGAAUCUCCCGUCGCCGUGGUCUGCGUGGGCAUGGCAGGCUCCGGAAAGACGACUUUCAUGCAGCGAAUCAACUCGCAUCUCCAUUCGCAGAAGAAAGUGCCCUACGUGCUGAACCUGGACCCCGCCGUUUAUUCCGUUCCGUUCGAGAGCAACAUCGACAUUCGGGAUUCGAUCAAUUACAAAGAAGUGAUGAAACAGUAUAAUCUGGGACCUAACGGCGGUAUCUUGACGUCGCUCAACCUCUUUGCCACCAAGGUUGACCAGAUCAUCUCGCUACUGGAGAAACGCACCGCGCCGAACCCGAGCAACCCCUCCGCCAAGCCCAUCGAACACAUCUUGGUUGAUACUCCGGGACAGAUCGAGGUUUUCGUAUGGAGCGCAUCGGGCAGUAUCUUGCUAGAGACCCUGGCAUCCUCGUUCCCCACGGUGAUCGCAUACGUUAUCGAUACCCCGCGCUCCAGCUCCACGAGCACCUUCAUGAGCAACAUGCUUUACGCCUGCAGUAUUCUUUACAAAACGAAGCUACCCAUGAUCUUGGUGUUCAACAAGACGGAUGUUCAGGACGCCGAGUUUGCGAAGGAGUGGAUGACCGACUUCGACGCGUUCCAGCAAGCCCUACGACAGGAAGAGGAAACGGGCGCGUUCGGAACCGAGGGUGCCGCUGGAGGAUUCGGAGCGGGAAGUGGAUACAUGGGCUCCCUCCUCAACAGCAUGAGUUUGAUGCUUGAGGAGUUUUAUCGGCACCUGAAUGUCGUGGGUGUCAGCUCCAUGACUGGUGACGGCGUUGACGAUUUCUUCAAGGCGGUGGAAGAAAAGCGCCAGGAGUUUGAACGCGACUACAAGCCGGAGCUGGAUCGCAAGAAGAAGGAGCGGGAGGAGACCCAGGCCGCCCAGCGCGAAAUUGAGCUGGGCAAACUCAUGAAGGAUAUGAACGUUUCCGGAUCCGGUCCCAGCCGGCGUGCGGAUAACGAGGCCGAGACCGUGAGCGAGGCCGAAGACGAGGAAGAGGAAUCCGCCGCGGCUAAGCGGAGAGGAGACCUCGAGGAAUCAGAUGAUGAUGAUUACAGUGGCGAGGACGAUAGUGCCCCUGCUGCCGGUGACAACGAUGGGCUCUCCCAGCGGUACAAGCAAGCGCUGGGGGGCUCGCGAAAUCCCCCUUCGGACCAAGACCUGAGCUUCACCAGAUACUUGGCGGCGAACAACAUUAACCAAUGA